CAACUUGAAAGUCUGCCACUAUCGUAGUUCCGUAGCAGAUUCAUCCACCGCAGCCGUCCAUAGUCUUGAUACAGCCGUAACUCUCCUGCAGUCAGUCGCCAUUAUACUACCAGCAAAGAGGAUUUUCCACCAUGAAAGGCAAAGGAGCUCUCGCACUCGUAGGCACCUGGGCUGUGCACAAUUACACCUACAUCCAGGAUGGCGUCCCAACCAUCAUUCCGCACUGGGGCUCAGGUAUAAACGGAGCCAUCAGCUACAGCCAGUCUGGCUGGGUGGUCACCAGCCUCCGCUCGUCAGACGCGGCGCUUCUCCCGUUGAACCUGACAUAUCCGCCUCGCGAUGACCAGCUCGAUUCAGACUGGGCCAAGAUUGGAAAGACCACCCUGUCGUACUGGGGCCCGUACACAGCCGUCCCAACGACUGAGCUCACGGGUUCGGUGGUCCACGGGCCGUUGGUGGGUUCACACGUUCCCCGUUCGGUCGGGAGCACGCUGCAGCGCAACUACACCGUCGUCAAGACCGACGAGGGGACGUUCUUGAACCUGGUGUUUGGUUCUGACGCGGUGCAGAGUUUGUGGUGGAGGAAGCUCGAUUGA